AAACAAAACUUCUCAUGUUAUCACUAGUUAGCAAUCUAGUUUAUUAUAAUUAUCUAUGUUAGUUACCGAGUAUAUAAGUGAUAAGGAGAAAGGGGUUGAAUAGGCAAUCGCAUAUAUUUUGAAGCGCUAUAAUGCCAUCAGGUUUCUUCAGAGCUUACCGUUUUCUAACCUAAAGUAUUUGCGGACAUGGACCCUGAAGAAUCCAAAAAAAUUGUCGACCCAGAAGCCGUUGUCACGUUUAAAGAUUUAGUGAGUAAUAAUUUUUAUCACAUUAAUAUCUAUAUAAAUAGAUAAUGAACGACGUUUCAGACAUACGAAUGUUUAUUCGAUCGUUUUAUUUUUUAUAGGGUGUGACAGACGUAUUGUGUGAAACUUGCGAAACCUUAAAAUGGAAAACACCUACCAAAAUACAGAAAGAAGCGAUUCCAAUAGCUUUACAAGGCAAAGACAUAAUCGGCCUGGCCGAAACUGGGUCUGGAAAGACUGGCGCGUUUGCCAUUCCUAUUUUACAAGCAUUGUUAGAAAACCCUCAGCGAUAUUUCGCUCUUAUUUUAACACCAACUAGAGAACUCGCCUUUCAAAUAUCAGAGCAAAUAGAAGCCUUGGGUAAAUUCUUAAAAAAAUGAUGUUUUUAAAUUAGUGUUAUGGUUUAAUCAUUUUAUGAAGGAUCUAGUAUUGGUGUGAAAUGUGCUGUUAUUGUUGGUGGCAUGGAUAUGAUGGCCCAAUCAUUGAUGUUGGCUAAAAAACCCCAUAUCAUCAUUGCAACUCCAGGUCGUCUCGUUGAUCAUCUAGAAAACACUAAAGGAUUUGGCUUACGAAAUUUAAAAGUGCUUGUGAGUGAUUCUUCUAAAAAUAGUAUACUUAAAUAUGUGUAACUAUGAAAAUCAAUAUAUUAAUAUAUUACUGGUAAAUAGUUAAUAUUUUUUUAUAUUGGUAGGUAUAUAGAAUAAUUGUCUGUAAAAAUAUUAAUAUUUUUAUUUAAAUAGUUUAAAGACUGUUUCUUCUCAUUAUGUUUUGUAGGUUAUGGAUGAGGCUGAUAGAAUUUUAAACAUGGAUUUUGAAGAUGAAGUAGACAAAAUAUUAAAAGUUAUACCACGUGAAAGGCGUACAUUUUUAUUUUCUGCUACAAUGACAAAAAAAGUACAAAAACUACACCGUGCUUCAUUAGUUGAUCCAGUUAAGGUGGAAGUGUCUACUAAAUUCCAAACAGUUGAACAAUUGCAACAAUAUUAUCUUUUCAUUCCUGUCAAAUAUAAAGUAAAUAUUUAAUUAAUUUGUGUUACCAUUUUAUCUUAUGAUUAAUUUGUAAUUGUGCUUUCUAAACUAUUUGCAGGACGUAUACUUGGUACAUAUAUUAAAUGAAAUGGCCGGUAAUACAUUUAUGGUGUUUAUGUCCACUUGCAAUGGCACUGUUCGUGUAGCUUUGUUGCUUAGAAAUUUGGGAUUGGACGCUAUACCCUUACAUGGGCAGAUGACACAAAACAAACGAUUAGCUUCACUGAAUAAAUUUAAAUCAAAAUCUAGAUCAAUACUUAUAUCUACUGAUGUUUCUAGUAGGUUAGUGUCACAUUAUAUUUUAUGUAGAGUGAUUUUAUCUGCAUGAACUAAUUAUGUUUAAUAUUUCUACUGUAUAAUAUUUUAUUUUAUUAUUUCGGUAAUAAUUCAGAGGCUUAGAUAUUCCACAUGUUGAUGUUGUUAUUAAUUUUGAUAUGCCAACGCACAGUAAAGAUUAUAUUCAUCGUGUAGGGCGAACAGCCAGAGCUGGAAGGUCUGGAAAAGCUAUUACACUUGUCACUCAGGUAAAGAACACAUUUUCUAUUUUUUGUCAACUAAAUUAUGUUUUUUUUACAGUUUUAAACAACAACAAAAAUAUAGAUUUAAGUUAUGAUUAAACUAUAUAAUACAAAUUUAAAAAGUACCAAGAUAUAAGAAUUGUUUAAUACUAGUGGUUUUUUAUUUUUUAGUAUGAUAUUGAACUUUAUCAAAGAAUAGAACAACUUAUUGGUAAAAAAUUGCCUCUAUAUCAGGUGGAAGAUGAUGAAGUAAUGUGUUUGCAGGAACGUGUAUCCGAAGCUCAGAGACUGGCCAAAAUGGUUAAUAUUACUAAGUGAUAAAAAAAAAAAAUUUAAAACUUAAUUAUAAUUGUUAUUUUUAUUUACAGAAUAUGAAAGAUAUGGGGACGAAGAAAGGGAAAAGUGCACUUGGUGAUGAUGAAGAGGGUGCGAUGGGUGUACGGAGAAAGCAUAUUGGUAAUCACAAAUCAAAUAAAUCUAAAAAGUUUAAAAAGAAGUAAAACAUAUUGUAUGCUAAUUAUUAAUAUUAAUAUUGAUAUGGUUAUGAAUAAAAUUGUACAUUAUUUUAAAC